CUCGCUGCUUCCGGUGUCGUCGCUCUCACCUUCCUCGUCUUCCUCCUCUACUUCCUCGUCCUCCAGCUCGCUCGCUCGACGCCGACGCAGUCGCGGUGCGGAGGAGAGGAAGGGGGAGAAGGAAAGCAAGAGCGGCCGCUACGAUAACAAAAAAAAAAGUAGCCGCAAAGAGGGGAGCGGUGGUAAUAAUAAUACCAAGGAACACCUAGCACUCCGUCGUUCCGCCCUCGAAACAAGUGUCGGUCGCCACGACGGCGCCGAUGUCGAGGUUCGCCCUCGGAUUCGAUGUUGUCGUGAAGACGAUGUCUCCGCCGGCAGAGGAGGAGCCGGGUGUGCGCUUCACCACGUCUUCGAGAAUAGCGCGCACGCUCACGCGGAAGUUCUUCAGAACCUCAAACAUGAAGAAGACAGUAAUGCGUUUAGUCGCAAUUAUUUUUCAAUUUGGCUUGCUGGUCUUGUCGUCAGCAGCUUUACCGGUGGGUCAACGAAGACCCUGUCGUCCCGCCGGCCGGGUGAAAUACAAUCAUAAAGCUUCUGGCAGUCUCUGUUGGUCGGGGAAGUUCUACGACACCGGCCUCUGCUUCUUCAGCCUUAGCAGAUCCUUCAACAGGACCGUGCAUUUCGGCGGCCGCAGCGACGGAUCGUCAUCGACGAACCAGUUCACCGCCCUCGUCGUCGUCGGGGUCGGCGGCGUGUCCACAACAAGAGGAUAUCGGCACCGCAAUUUGACUCACACAUCCACCAUCUCUCUUCAUUUUUCUUGUUAUUUAAUAUGCGAUUUAUGCUUCAACGGUCUUCAAGUACUGGUAGGGUAGCAGCGAAGGCGACGCAGAAUGCCGGAGAAGUUGGCGACGGAGGUGAUGGAAGAAGUGGUGCGUGUCAAGUUGAUUGGACA